AUGCAAAGAGAAAGCUGGAAGACGCCGACAAGGGGAUGGAGGAAGACGAGGAAGAGCGCGUUACGGAUUAGGGAUACCGUGAACAAUAAUCUCAUCGGUGCAACAGAGAUCCGCUUUCAGAAACAGGAGCGCAAGCCCCUGACCCAGCACCCCAAGAAAUCCCUCAAUUCAGACGUCUUUCAAGCCUCCAACUCUGCGAAUCCACCAGCUCAAGACCCCAAUGGUUUGCCGGAUCCUGUCUCACCGGACCCACAAGAGCAUAAACCCUCACCGGUCCCAAAACCCUUCCCCGUCCUCCUCGCAGCCCCACCCCUCCACCGCCUCUUCUCCGGCCCCCUCCAUACACGCCUCCAACCACCUCGCCGUCAAAGCCGGCAAACUACCAUGCACCCUCGCUCUCCUCACGCCCCUGACGUCUCUGUACCCCUCCAGAGCCUCGUACCCGCCGACGCCCCAACUCGACCGGAAAACCUCCACCUCCAGCACAUGCGCCCCGUCAAAGACCCUCUUCACAUCCUGCUUGUCGUAAAAGGUGUCGCAAUCGAGGCGCACGCGGACGUGGAAGCGGCGGAUCAGGCUCCGACACACGGUCGAGGCGACGGUGCGUGCGGGGUCGAGAGCGAAGAGCAUGGAGGUCAGGUAGGAGGGGUGGGCCUGGAAGAUGUUCUCGCCGUAGAGAAUGGUGAGACCGUCGGCGCGCGUGCGCUUGGAGGCGAGGAGGAUGUUGGGUGA